CCAACUCACACUGGCCGUCUUGACCCAGAGCUGUUCUUUGCUUUUUCAGGAAAUAAACUGGAUGAAAAUCCAGGGCUGAGACUUCCUCCUUGGUGUGUUUGACAGGGACUGACGUACUCUUGGUCCUUUGAAUCCCGGAAGUCCAGGACACACCCAGCCCUGACUGCAACGUCCAAGUGCUGGAGAGUAGGUGAAAGGACAAAAGUGAAAAGCCCUUGGACAUGAGGGACCCACUAGCAGAUUGUGCGUACAACAAGGCAUACAAGAGCCUUAAGGAACUUUCUCAAAAUGGAGAGAAUUUCUGCAAGCAGAUCACAUCUGUUCUUCAACAAAGGGCAAACCUGGAGAUCAGCUAUUCCAAAGGACUUCAGAAACUGGCCACCAAGUUAAGCAAAGUGUUGCAGGGCACCAAGAAAAACUGUCUCAGCAGCGCCUGGUCAUGGGCUUCAGAGGGCAUGAAAUCCACCGCGGAGCUGCAUCAAAAACUUGGCAAAGCAAUUGAGUCGGAAGCAAUAAAACCAACUCAUCAAGUCCUGAGCAUGCAGGAGAAGAAGAGAAAAUCGCUUGAUAAUGAAGUUGAAAAGACAGCAAAUCUUGUUAUUAGCAACUGGAAUCAGCAAAUUAAGGCUAAGAAAAAACUAAUGGUGAGUACCAAGAAGCAUGAAGCCCUUUUCCAUCUUAUAGAAAGCUCCAAGCAGUCUGUGACCGAGAAGGAGAAGCAGAAGCUCCUCAAUAAACUGAAAAAGUCUACUGAGAAGUUGGAAAAGGAAGAUGAGAAUUAUUACCAGAAGAACAUGGCGGGUUAUACAACCAGGCUGAAAUGGGAAGACACACUGGAAAACUGCUACAAGAGCAUCCUGGAGCUGGAGAAGGAAAGAAUUCAGCUUUUAUGCAACAACUUAAACCAGUACAGCCAACAUAUUUCUCUUUUUGGCCAAACCCUGACCACAUGCCACACACAGAUUCACUGUGCCAUCAGCAAGGUUGAUGUUGAAAAGGAUGUCCAGACUCUCAUGGAAGAAACUGCAGUGUUAUCUACAGAAAACAAAUCUGAGUUCCUGCUAACUGAUUACUUUGAAGAAGAUCCUAACAAUGCAAUGGAUAAAGAGAGACGAAAAUCUUUAAUAAAACCAAAAUUGUCGAGACUGCAAAGAGACAUUGAAAAAGCUUCCAAAGACAAGGAAGGCCUGGAACGAAUGCUUAAUGCAUACUCCAGCAAUUCCUCCUUCUCCGAUGAAAAGAGCCAGAAAGACGCAGCGGCGUUAAUGGUGGAGAACAAUUUGAAACUAGACCUUCUGCAAGCGAACUCCUACAAACUGUUGUCAGUAUUAGCAGAACUUGAGCAAAGAACUAAACCCAGCCAUCCCUGUAGCAACUCCAUCUUCAAGUGGAAAGAAAAGGAGCAUACUCAUACUUAUGUAAAAAUAUCUCGGCCUUUCUUGACAAAGAGAUUAGAGAAUGUUUUGAGUAGGACAUCUUCUGGUGGGCAGAAAAAACCAAGUUCUUCAUCUUCAGCCUCCAGUGCAGCCCAGGUUGGAAACAGUCUUUGCAAGGCCUUAUAUUCUUUUCAAGCCAGGCAAGACGAUGAGUUGAAUUUGGAAAAAGGAGACAUUGUGACUAUACAUGAAAAGAAAGAAGAAGGAUGGUGGUUUGGAUCUCUCAAUGGAAAAAAGGGCCAUUUUCCUGCUGCCUAUGUGGAGGAGCUACCUUCAAAGGCUCGGAACACAGCUACACAGGCAUAACCAAGAUUCUGAACACACUGCCUUCCAUCCUCUGCAGACUAUGCAGUGUGCUGCAGAGAAAGUUAAGAUGCUAUUAUAUUUGCAAGUUUUGCUUUUUCAGUGGGCGGUCGAGUCCGGUCUACAUGUCCUAGCACUUUGUACCCAUGGUAAUUUGCUUGAAACAGUCAGAUAAAAAAAAUGGCUAAGUAGAGAGAGGCAGGGAAGAGACUCCAUCGCUCCAGAAGCUUCUGAAUGCUAGGAGACCCCAGAUAUGAUCCAGUAUAACCCUUCACAUAACAGCGACAGACACUGAGUCUAGGUUGGGUUCAGCCACUUGUCCAAAAUCAUGUAGUUGCCUGGUAGCACAAUAGCAAUUUUUAAUGUCCCGGAAGAAGGACACAGCAGGCCUGCAAGGGGUCAAGCAAGCCCUGAGAGAUACAGAGAACACAGAUCAAGUCCAAGAAUAGUGACAGGUAAGCAAGCAGUGAGACAGACCCAGGUUAGGAGACAGUAGAAUAAAAGAUCAGGAGCCAAGCUCAAGAGUCCAUGGGAUGAGAAGGGAAGAUGAGAGACAAGAAGUCCAGACCCUAGGCAGAGGCCCUCAAGAAGAGUGGAUUUAGCCAAUAACCUUCUGGGCAGUGGCUUCUCACACAGCCCCUGCACCACCGCUGCCUGCUCAGAGAGUUCAAGUGUAAGCCGGAAGUGGCUGGGGAUAUGAGGACAAGAACAAAGUGGAUGGAAAAUAACUCGGAGGGAGACAGUGCCUGUAAUUUUUUGCCCCCUUUCCUAUACAAAAAUGUCUUUUUAUCAAUUUGGAUGUAAGGAGUUUUGUGCUUCCCAAAAUAAUGGAAGAAGCACCUUAAGCAGCUCCCUAGUAAAAAGAACUUUAAGUGCUAACAAGUGUUUUGAACAGAAAGUCCCGGAAACCCAUAUUCACUAUCAAAAUGGAAUAUUUAGGGAGCUUCCUCCAAUGUCCUAUGAGGAAAGCUUGGGGAUGAGUGAAGCUAGGCAGGCCCGGACUCCUUCCAGGGGAACAGUCUGGAUGGACAGAUAGCAGCAGCUACGCUGGCCUGAGAUCACACUCUGCUGAAUGGAAGGUCACGGAACCACUCGGGCAUGUUUGCUUUUGUGCCAAAUAGAAAGUCUGUGCUUUGGAACUUCAAUGGGAACAUUGAAGGAGUCUCAUUACACUCAACAGUAUAGGACUUGACACAAUAUUUACAGAUGCAGAUAUCAGACCUCAAGGAACUCGAGUAAAACUCAUCGCGUGAGACAUAAUCUACAGUCUAGAACAGAUCUGAAGUUUUAAUGUCAUCCUUACUGGUAUAUUAAUGAAAACUUUCUGCAUGUAGAAACUUGGCUGAAUAACAGGCCAUUAGACUGUGAGCAGAGAUUUUGAAUUUAUUUUUCCUUUUCAUCUUACUUCUUUCCAUUAAGCCUUGAUGGAUGAAAGAUUGUGUAGAAACUGGUUGCAGCCUAUAUUGGAUAUUUUGUAUAAAGUGACGGUGGUUGGGCCAUGAAACUCUCUGAAAGUAAUUUUCAAAAAGCCCUUUCUUCACAUAUUGGUUGUGCUUUGAGAAAAUGUAAGUGGCUGUCUUGUUUCACAAUGUUGCUGCAAAUUCUUUUUUGCAUCUCUGACAUUUUUAACUUCAAAGAAAUGCUAUGGACGUUAACUGGAUAAAUACAAGUGUAGCUGAUACAACAGACUUACUGAAUAUCUUUUUAGCAGGGCAAGAGAGUUUGCUGGUUGGACAAAUGGAAUGGUAACCCUUAAAUUUAGGGCAAAAUGAAAUGCACACUGAAUGAAAAUGAUGUACCCAAAUAUUCUAUAUAAAGUAAUCUUUAAUGUUAAUGCUUUUAUACUGUUAGUCUUUCAUAAUUAUAUGCCACCAAGCAGUUGCAUAUGUCAGGAAAUUUUUAGCACCUUAAUAACCUGAAAUAUAGGCCGUAGAGGCCAAGCCCGCUUUGCACAGCACACAUUCUACCUUAUCCCCUUGCUGGUUGAGUAAAAGUUGAUAUAUCCAUUGGCCAUCAACCAGAAAGACCUACAAAUUCCAUUGUUUUUACAUUUUCAAUUACCCAUAAUAAUAUUCAUAAUGACAAAAUGCAUCUUAAUCACUUAAAAGUGCCUUAUGAUCCAUCAAAAAUACCACAUUCAAUUUGGGGUAAAUUUUAUUAUAUAGCAUUAUAAGCCUUUAACUGAUUAGUAGUUUCAAGUGCAGUUUAAUUGCUCUCUCCUCUAAGAUAAAACAUCUCCCUGCCUCAACACUUUGAUAACCUUGAGGGAUAAUUGGCCUGAGCGUGAAAGAGGUGCGUUAGAAUCAAAGCAAACAUGUCCUCUUGUCCUUUACAGUAUCACAUAGAAUGCUCACUGGGGAACACAGGCCUGGGCGUCACUGGGCGUCACUGGGCGUCAGUGGGGAUGAAAAGGUGGAACUCACACUUGGACCAGAGGGAAGGGACACAGCGGAGCAGGACAGGUUCCCUUUGCAGAGGAUGCCCAGCUCAGUGGCCUCCCAUCCUCCACUCCCACGAAGACCAGUGAGGAUGAGCCUUGAGACUAUUCCCAAGGGGCAGUCCCAUGUGGGCCAAGGAGGAGAAAGGAGCCUCAGCUCAAACGGAGCAGGUCCUUGACUCAUCAUAGGAAAGAAUUUCAGGACACAUCCGUGAGAGGUAAAGGGAGAUUUUUUUUUUGUUUAGGGAGAGCUCAAGCACACUCAGAAAUAGAGCAAGGUGGCCAACAGUCUGGCAUUGGGGUUAUAUUUGUGAUGUUGGAGCCUUUAAGGUAGCUGAUUUAGCAUGUUUAUUCUUUGAAUCAUUUACCAUUUACCUGAUAUCUGUUUACAUAAGAUCAGUUUGCCCAUUAGAGGGCUAAAUAAAGAACUGACUAUCAAUGAAGUUAAAAUAUAGUAUUUUCGUGUUUGAAGUUUAGAGAUAUGGUACCCAUUGAAAAUGGAAGUCUUUGCUGUAACUCCUGGCAUAUAUGAAUUUAAAGUAUUUCGGAAACUCUUGAAGAUUUAGGAGUGAUGAGCCUAGGAGAAAAACAGGUCUAGGGAUUAAGGUAUAGGUCACCUUGGUAACUUGGAUUAUGUCUUAAACUGUAGUUUCCUUAAAGCUACUUUCCUUGUCUCCUUCCUUCCUAUCUUUAAUUCCUCACCUUACCUCAGAGCCAGCACCGGGGUUCUGAACACCAGCUACUCUGCCCAGUUUCCCUGAGAUAUGCACCUGCUUUCCACUUUUUUUUUUUUGGUACCAGGGAUUGAACUUGGGACCCUGCACUUGCGAGGGAGACAGGGGCACCACUGAGCUAAAUCCCCUGCUGCUUUCCAUUUUAAUGAAACCAGUUUUGACAAAAUAUAUCCCACUGCUUUCAAGACAGUUUACUCUUGUUUCCUAAUCAUUAUACGUCUAUAAAAACAUGAAUUAUAUAAGUUCAAAUUUGUUUAGUCUUUAAGAACAAUGUCAUCACAUAAUUUCCUUGUAAUACACUACAGAAAGGCAAUAGAGUGUAACUAGGUAAAGUUCAAGGGUCAGGGCGUCAGACUGUCUUCUGCGUUUGAAUGCCGGGUUUAAUACUCACCAGUUGUGUGAUCUGAAGUUGCUGAAACACAGUUCUUUGAAUUCCUUAUCUGCAGAACAAAGUUAAUGAUGGUAUCCACCUCUCAGGUUGAAAGAAUACGAAUGAUCACAUACAUAGAAAGGACUUAGAAAAGUACUGGGCUCCUUUGAAUACUGAAAAAUAUUAACUAAUUAUUCUAAGCCAGGCAGCCCUAACAGGCUAAAAUGUUUGGACAAGCCUCAAUUUUUGAAUAAAACAAAUUCUCUGUCAA